AUGGCAUCGCAAGAAUCUUUACCAUCUCCUACGGGGAAGGUAGAUCUUUCUAAAAAAUUGUCUGCCUUGCGGUCAAAUACCCGCAGGUCAAACCCCAAUUCCCGAGACUUAACUCCAACAACCCCUCCUCUCCCUUCGCCGCCGGACCUCUCCGCCCACCAGUACCGUCAGCCAAUCCGCCGCAUCCUAUCCCCAAAAGACCAUGAACUCUUCCUCUCAUCGCCGACCUACAACCUUGUCCUCGCCUUUGUGUUUGGCCUAACUGACUCUGUGCGGGGGCAUUCCAUCAACGACCUCCAAAAAAAACCUCAAUCCGAAUCCAUCUCCAAGGUCCUCUCAGUCGUCACUCAGAUACGCUCCCUCUUAGCCAAAAACCCGCCAAUCGACCAGGGUGGAUCCCGCUUCGGCAACCCGGCCUUCCGGGCACUGUGCGACGAUGUAAGCGCCCAGAGCACAUCAUGGCACACUAACAUUCUCGGGUUGAAAGAUGCGGGCGCAACCGAAGAAGCCUCGACAUAUCUAAUCAACUGCCUAGGCUCACGAGAGCGGAUUGACUACGGCUCCGGACACGAACUAAACUUCAUGAUGUGGCUGUUGUGUCUGUAUCAGCUUGGUCUUCUCCCCGCUAGCGACUUCCCUGCUGUCGUGGUCAAGGUCUAUGUCGAGUAUAUGCAUCUCAUGCGGGAGAUCCAGUCAGCCUACUACCUUGAGCCUGCUGGAUCGCACGGUGUCUGGGGUCUGGAUGACUACCAUUUCUUACCGUUCUUGUUCGGAGCUAGUCAGCUUGUCGGGCACCCAUAUAUCACUCCCUUGGGUAUCCACAAUACUGCCACUUUGGAUGAAGAGGGUGAUAAAUAUCUCUACCUGGAUCAGGUCCGGUGGGUUGAUAGUGUCAAGACUGUGAAGGGACUUCGCUGGCAUAGCCCUAUGCUGGACGAUAUCUCUGGUUCUAAGAAUUGGACCAAGGUUGAGAGCGGCAUGAAGAAAAUGUUUGUUAAGGAGGUGCUUGGGAAGCUUCCUAUUAUGCAACAUUUCCUGUUCGGAAGUCUUCUGCCUGCUGCUGAAGGCAUGACCGAUCCGUCGGAGGGGGGUGCUGAGAAUGAUGGUCAUGACCAUGCCCACGGCCAUGACCAUCCUCAUGAUAGUGCAGACUGGUUCGGCGAUUGCUGCGGUAUCAAGGUACCCAGUACUGUGGCUGCGGGCGCCGAGAUGCGUAAACGUAUGGGAGGAUCUAAUCUGCGCCCAAUUCCUUUUGAUUAA